AUGAGCGGAUCUACCGAAUUGAAGGCCUACGUGGUGUGCUCCCUCAUCCUCUACCUCAAGUUCGUCAUUGCGACGGGUAUCCAGGCCACAAAGACGUUCGACGCCGGCUGCCGACCGCCUGAGGACAAGAACUUGGCUCUUGCGCAGGGCCGACGCGAGCAGAACUACGGACUGUUCAGCGACACGAACGACGCCGAGCUCAUGAAGGCGCGCGAGAUCGAGCACCGCUGGAAGCGCAUCAUCCAGAACGACCUCGAGUCGAUCCCGCUGGCGCUGCUGGUGUUCAUCGGAGGCGUCUUUGCCGGCGGCAACAAGGAGCUGUUCGUCAUUUGCUUGGGCAUCUACACGUUCGUGCGCUGCUUCCACACGUACGCGUACGCCAACUCGCUGCAGCCCCACCGCGCGUGGUGCUGGCGCAUCGGCGUGCUCAUGAUCAUCGUCAGCGCCGUCAACUCCACGGUCGGCGUCUUCAGUUAG